AUUAGAAAAUACACGUAACUAGGUACAACACCGGGACAGUCUUGGAAAAGGUUUAAGUGCUCGAUGAUCGCCAGCUGGGAAUCUUCUUGUUUGCGCCUUGUCAUUCAAUCUUCUACCAGCAUUGUGUGACUGUGUUGCAAACAUGGCAGAAGAACAUGAGAAGCGAGAGGUCAUCGCCGACCAUGUUGACCGCGAAAGCAAUGACAACCUGAGCGACAGUGACAAGCCCGAGUUGCGGCCCCAUCGCACCAUCUCCCGUGUUCCAGGAAAUCCCAACUACUUCGAGAAGGAUGGACUUCGCACAGAGGGCGAUGGCCAUGAUCAUACUACGGAGAACAGGAAAAACUGGCAGUUCAUCUGCACCGUCCUUGGAUGUGCCAUGGCCUUAUCGGCGUCGCAAAUCUCAGCUCUUCUGUAUCUCACAAUUGGCACAGCCAUUGCAGUAGAUCUCCGCUCAGCCCUGUUCGCCUGGAUGUUGACGGCAUCCAAUCUGUCCUCCGGUGCUCUGGCUCCUUUCGUCGGUCCUCUUGCCGAUCUCAUCGGACGUCGCAACAUCCUCUUGUAUGGAGGCUUCGGACUCAGUAUUGUUGCGACCAUCCUCUGCGCUGCCACGCCAAACGAUAUUGGCUUCAUCGCUGGACAGCUCCUACUUGGCAUUGGAAAUGUGGUGCAAGACUUGCUGAGUCUGGCUGUCGUGGCAGAGAGCGUGCCAACGAGCAAGCGACCAAUUUACGUGGCAUUCAUGCUGCUGAUUAUCAUUCCUUGGGCGCCAGGAACGCUGUAUUCGAACCUUUUGCUCGAAGCAAGCUGGCGUUGGGUCGGCGCUGUACUGGCUAUCUGGAAUCUGAUCGGUUUCGUAGUCCUCUACAUUGGCUAUAAGGAACCACCACGAGUCAACUCACUUGGCUUGACGCGCCGUGAAAUGCUGAAGAGGAUCGACUUUGUGGGCGGCUUCAUCUUCAUGGCUGGUGUGCUGCUCAUCUUGGUCGCGCUCAACAUUGGUGGCCGAGACUCUCCUUGGACAUCGGCACCUACCUUGGUACCAUUGGUACUGGGCUUUGUUGUGCUCAUCGCUGGAUGUCUUUACGAAUAUUUCGUGGCUCCCUGGCCUCUCUUCCCUCGCCGGAUCGUCCAUGCUCCAAGGCCAUUCUUUUGCAUGCUAUGCGUCAUCUUUGGAGCCGGCAUCAACUAUGUCUGCAUGGUGGUCUUCUGGCCAAUUCAAGCGCGAGCUGUCUUCCAAGGUGACAAUGUCCAAACCGGUGUCUGGACUGUUCCGAUCGGAAUCUGUAUCCUCGGUGGCGCUAUCAUUGCUGCGCUUCUGUUGCAUGUCUUGAAGAAUCAAGUCAACUGGAUCAUGGUUGGAUUCUGCGUGGCUCAGGUCAUCGGUACCUCAUGUCUUGUCCUCAUCAACCCUAACAACCUCGCCACAGUCUGGGGACCACUCAUCAUUGCUCUUGUCUCUGUCGGCGGUGUUCUGGUUCCAAAUCAAGUCAUUAUCACCAUAAUCACUCCAGACGAUCUCCUCGGCUCAGUUACAGCAUUGACUGUCGGACUCCGAGCUGCCACUCAAGCUAUUGGCCUUGCAAUCUUCUACAACCAGUUCUCCAGCAAGGUCACUGAGUUAGCACUAGAGCGACUCCAGCCGGUUUUCAUUUCCAGCGGUGUCGCUUUCGAUCUCAUCAACGAGGGAUUCGCCAUCCCUGAAAUCACAGCACUCGCUCAAACCAUGUUGACUUCGCUCACAGCUAUGCCGUAUCGCCAGUGGGCGGGGAUGUAUCCUGCUUUUGCAAGCGAGGGGGCGUACAGAGAUAUCCUACCGACUGUCGUUGGUAUCUUUUCGGAAUCUUUUGAGCACAUUUACUACAUUACGAUUGCGUUUGGUGUCUUUGCAUGCAUUUUUGCUGUCGGUAUGGGCAGCGUGUCGAGGUACAUGGACAAUCAUGUUGCGGUGAAGAUGACGGAUUGAUGAACGGGAGUGAAAUGGUUGACGAUGUUACGCCAGACUUGUCAUAUAGUGCUGUAUCAGAGAAUCGAUGCAACUCAGAGGCAUACUUGAUCUGUA